AUGGAUUACUCUCCGAUCUUAAUGACGAGAUUACGCCGAUGUUUCUUGCGGCCCCCAAGGACUUUUGCUGCAAGUAUCGCGUCGUUGACAGGACUCAGAUCGUUUCAAUGGCGAAGUGCAUCGAAUAAGGCGAUAAUUGAACGGGAGAAAUUAAAAAAAAAGUGUUUAAAUGAUCCAAGUCUCCGUGUCCGUAUUGUACCCAUGCUGCUAGAUAAUUAUGGUUACGUGGUUGUCGAUGAAACAAAUCAAACCAUGUUUACUGUAGAUCCAGCGGAAUGUAGUACGAUCUUGCCAGUACUGAAGGAGGAAGAAACUACACGGAAACGUCAAUUUCUCGGGGUUUUGACUACACAUAAGCACACAGAUCACGCAGGAGGGAACGAGGAGAUUGCGAGAAAUUACCCAGGAAUCUUAAUUGCUGGACCUAAAGAUGAACCAAUUCCAGCAAGAAAUUAUUCCGUCAGUGGGGGAGAAAAAUUCAUGCUUGGAGCCGCGACAGUCAAAGUUUUAAAUGUAUCGUGUCACACUAAAGCGCAUGUGGCGUAUGUAGUCACAGGUGACAGUGAAAUGCCACCACUUUUAUUUCCAGGUGACACCCUUUUUGUUGGAGGGUGUGGACGCUUUUUUGAAGGCUCUGCUGAGGAUAUGUAUCGAGCGUUGUACGAGGUGAUUCUCACGUUGCCUAAAGAUACGAAAGUAUAUUGUGGCCACGAGUAUACAAUGACAAAUCUACGCUUUGCACUAAGUGUCGAUCCUUCAAAUCAGGCACUGCGUGACAAGAUUGCAGCUGUUCGGAUCCGCCGCGCAAAAAAUUUGCCGACUGUCCCAUCGUCACUACGGGAAGAAAUGUUGUACAAUCCAUUCUUGCGGGUGCAUAAUGAAACAAUUCGCAACGCUGUCGGUGGCACUGAUCCUGUUAGCGUUCUUGAAAAUCUUCGUCGACGCAAGGACUCGUUUGAAUGA